GUCAGUCCAGGGCUCAGAGAGGAGAGCACCAGCCCAGAGAGAGGGGGUAGAGAGAGAGCAAGUGUGAACACAGGGGGGUUGCCAGGUUUUAAUCCCAAUCCCACACAUCAAGAAAGUGCCUCUCCGUUUUAGAGAAGAUGGAGAACGCACACACCAAAGAGUCACCGGACGUUCUGUCCUACUUUGGCGUGACAGAAGAAACAGGCCUCUCACCUGAGCAGGUUAAGAAGAACCAGGAAAAGUAUGGCUUCAACGAGCUGCCGGCAGAGGAGGGAAAGAGUAUCUGGGAGCUGGUGGUGGAACAGUUUGAGGACCUGUUGGUCAGGAUCUUACUGCUGGCCGCUUGCAUCUCUUUUGUGCUGGCCUGGUUUGAGGAAGGAGAGGAAACUGUCACUGCCUUUGUCGAACCCUUUGUCAUCCUCCUCAUCCUCAUUGCAAACGCUGUGGUUGGAGUGUGGCAGGAGCGUAAUGCAGAGAGCGCCAUUGAGGCUCUGAAGGAAUAUGAGCCUGAAAUGGGGAAAGUUUACCGGGCAGACAGGAAGAGUGUGCAGAGGAUCAAGGCCAGGGAAAUUGUUCCUGGUGAUGUGGUGGAGGUUUCUGUCGGUGACAAAGUGCCAGCUGACAUCAGGAUCGUCUCCAUCAAAUCAACAACUCUGCGUGUGGACCAGUCCAUUCUUACUGGUGAAUCUGUCAGUGUGAUCAAACACACCGAUGCUGUCCCCGACCCCCGCGCCGUCAACCAGGACAAGAAGAACAUGUUGUUCUCUGGCACUAACAUUGCUGCUGGAAAGGCCACCGGUAUUGUUGUUGCAACUGGAGUCUCCACUGAGAUCGGUAAGAUUCGUGACCAGAUGGCAGCCACUGAGCAGGAGAAGACCCCCCUGCAGCAGAAACUGGAUGAAUUCGGAGAGCAGCUUUCCAAGGUCAUCUCCCUCAUCUGUGUGGCUGUGUGGAUAAUCAACAUUGGCCAUUUCAAUGACCCCGUCCAUGGAGGUUCCUGGUUCCGUGGUGCCAUCUACUAUUUCAAGAUUGCUGUGGCUCUGGCUGUGGCUGCCAUCCCUGAAGGCCUGCCCGCUGUGAUCACUACCUGUCUGGCUCUGGGAACACGUCGUAUGGCCAAGAAGAACGCCAUCGUCAGAAGCCUGCCCUCUGUGGAGACCCUGGGCUGCACCUCAGUCAUCUGCUCCGACAAGACUGGUACCCUCACCACCAACCAGAUGUGUGUGACCAAGAUGUUCAUCAUUGAUAAAGUGGAGGGCGACACCGUUUCCCUUGGUCAAUUUGACAUCUCAGGCUCCAAGUACACCCCCGAAGGAGAAGUCUCAAGGAAUGGUAUCACUGUAAAGUGUGGCCAGUUUGAUGGACUGGUUGAAGUGGCCACCAUCUGCGCCCUGUGCAAUGACUCGUCUCUGGACUACAAUGAGUCCAAGGGUAUUUACGAGAAAGUGGGUGAGGCCACUGAAACAGCUCUGUCCUGCUUGGUGGAGAAGAUGAAUGUGUUCAACACUGAAGUGCGCGGGCUGUCAAAGGUGGAAAGGGCAAACGCCUGCUGCGCUGUGAUCAAGCAGCUGAUGAGGAAAGAAUUCACCCUGGAGUUUUCCAGAGACAGGAAGUCAAUGUCUGUUUACUGCUCUCCUGCCAAGUCUGCAAAAGCUCCUGUUGGAAACAAGAUGUUUGUUAAAGGUGCUCCAGAGGGUGUGAUUGACCGUUGUUCAUACGUUCGUGUGGGCACCACCCGUGUACCCCUGACUGGCCCCAUCAAAGAUCACAUUAUGUCAGUCAUCAAGGAGUGGGGUACUGGACGCGACACCCUCCGUUGUUUGGCUCUGGCCACCUGUGAUACUCCACUGAAGAAAGAGGAGAUGAACCUGGAGGACUCAACCAAGUUUGCUGAAUAUGAGACUGACUUGACCUUUGUUGGCUGCGUUGGCAUGCUCGACCCCCCUCGUAAGGAAGUCAUGAGCUCCAUUGAGCUGUGCAGAGCUGCUGGCAUCCGUGUCAUCAUGAUCACUGGUGACAACAAGGGCACGGCGGUUGCCAUCUGCCGUCGUAUUGGUAUCUUCAGUGAGGAUGAGGAUGUCACCGGCAAGGCCUUCACCGGUCGUGAGUUUGAUGAUCUUCCUCCAUAUGAACAGAAGAACGCAGUCAGAAAGGCUUGCUGCUUCGCCCGUGUGGAGCCGUCCCACAAAUCUAAGAUUGUUGAGUUCCUGCAAGGCUUUGAUGAGAUUACUGCCAUGACCGGUGAUGGAGUCAAUGAUGCCCCUGCCUUGAAGAAGGCAGAAAUUGGCAUCGCCAUGGGCUCUGGCACUGCCGUUGCCAAGUCUGCCUCUGAGAUGGUCCUGGCUGACGACAACUUCUCUUCCAUUGUGUCUGCUGUUGAGGAGGGCAGAGCCAUUUAUAACAACAUGAAGCAGUUUAUCCGCUACCUCAUCUCCUCCAAUGUCGGCGAGGUCGUCUGUAUCUUCCUGACGGCUGCCCUGGGUCUGCCCGAGGCUCUGAUCCCUGUCCAGCUGCUGUGGGUCAACCUUGUGACUGACGGACUGCCUGCCACCGCGCUGGGCUUCAACCCCCCUGACCUGGACAUCAUGGGCAAAGCCCCCCGCUCCCCCAAGGAGCCCCUCAUCUCUGGAUGGCUCUUCUUCAGAUACCUGGCCAUUGGAGGUUACGUUGGUGCUGCUACAGUGGCAGCUGCUGCCUGGUGGUUCCUGUACGAUGAGGAAGGACCCAUGAUCACCUUCCACCAGCUGUCCCACUUCAUGCAGUGCAGCGAGGAGAACGAGGACUUCAAUGGGGUCCACUGUGAGGUAUUCGAGGCUGCUCCUCCAAUGACCAUGGCUCUGUCUGUGCUGGUCACCAUCGAGAUGUGCAACGCUCUGAACAGCUUGUCUGAGAAUCAGUCCCUGUUGCGCAUGCCUCCCUGGAGCAACGGCUGGCUGGUGGGCGCCAUGACCCUCUCCAUGUCCCUUCACUUCAUGAUCAUCUACGUCGACCCCCUGCCCAUGAUCUUCAAGCUCACUCAUUUGAAUGUGGAUCAGUGGAUGAUGGUGCUGAAGCUCUCCUUCCCAGUCAUCCUUAUUGAUGAGCUUCUCAAGUUUGUGGCUCGCACAUACCUGGAGGCCUAAACCUGCCCCCCCCCCUCUUCGUCCUCCAAACCCCUGUAACACAAGGGAAAGUGUAGAGGUGAAGUUCAGCAGACAGCGGCUGAAGUCGACAACGCUGAAACACCGAGGAUGAAGAGAACAGGCUGAGCGCUCCAAGAGAAACCGAGAGCGCCAACAGUCACUUGAUCAAAAAAUCAAGUGUCGUGAAAAACAAAAGAAACCACAUGUGCCAUCUGAAAAUACACCAAAAAAAAGCUGCAAAAUAUUUUUUUCUGUGUAUGUACUGAAAUUAAUAUAUAGAUAAGAGUUAUUAAAACUAUUCUGUGCCGAUUCUAUUCUUAAAGAAUAAAAAUAUGUAUUAAAGAAACUGUCAAAGUUGCUUGUCAGUAUUCAGUUUCCUUUUUGUAUAAUUUUCUUAAUAGAUGUUUAGCACCAUCUCAUGGACUUGAGUGUUUAUGCCACAGAGGAAAACAGGAGUGAUGACGUGGUCAGUUAAAAUCAGUUCUUCAUCUGACAGUGUUUACAACAAGACUUUUACAGCUGUGAUUUACAACCUUUUAUACAACUUUGUUACAGUUUUCUGCUUAAACACAACCUUUUCUGUAACUACUGAAUGCAAAUAUAUCUGCAUUAUUCACUUCUUAAUGUUUCUUGUUCAGUGAUAUACGUGGUUAGUGAAUUCCCAGAUGUGUAUAUAUAUUAAUGUAGUUUGGUUUCUAAUUGUUGUUGCACAGGUGAGAUGGCCACAGCUAUAAAUAAAAUGUAGCAAGUAUAAAAAUGUAUGUAUAAUUUUAUCAUCAACCCUCUUCACACUUCCUGUUCAUGUCCUGGUUUGUAUUGAAAUCUAUCAAAUGGGCUAAAUGGAAAGCAUCAUGAUACAUAUUCAGUCCUGUAUUAUUGUAUCAAGCUGUGUAUCAUGGUGGUUUCUUUUAUUAUUUAUAAAUUCUAAUCCAAAAAAAAAGUAUAGUAUCAGCACCAUACAUGAACCAAUGCACCAGCCUAUUCUUCAUUAUCAUACACUAAUACAAAAUACAGUGUCGACAUGUUGUGCAUUUAUGUUUCUCCACUGCUUCUUUAGUUUCUUUUCAAAUACACACUUUUUU